GCUUUGUUAUAAGCGAAGAAGAAGCCUGUUUUGGAGAGAAGCGGCUGAGAAUUUUUUGAUCCGGCAUCAAAGUGCCGAUGGCCAUUCUGAAUUGCCUCUACGCCCGCCAAUUGUGCUACGAGGAUCCGUCAUGCAGCGCGAUUUUGGAGAUUAUACCGAGAGUCUGCGGUCCGGAAUUAGUGGCGUGCUCGACGGUGACGGUGAAAAAGUGUCAGGCGGCUCUGCGCACCCUGCAGGCUUUCACUUUCUUCCGACCGACGUGCCUCUGCAGGGAGCCCCAUGUCGAUCCGGACUGCAACAGCUUCCAGAACUUCCUGUUCGACCACCCGUGCGACUACGUGGAAUGGAAAGGUGAGAGAUCCAUAAUCUGCGAUGAAACGAAACGUUAA